ACACACACACACCCAACCUCCCUCCCUCCCACCUCCUCCGUCGCACGCCGUAUUAGCAUUCCCCCCCUCAAAUCUCUCCACCUCACCAAAACACUCCGAAUGGGAAGAAAAUAUGGCAUGAGGGAGUCGGCGACAGACGACCACCUUUCACCGCUUUCUACCGAGUUCGAGCCCCGGCUGAACAUGGACUGUUUAAGGAGGCGCAGCGGCGCGUGUGUGCAGCAGAGACAACGGAGCACAAAGCCGACGAGGGAGACCGCUCGGGUUUUCGCUUAGCUGUUUCUGCAAACACGACUCACAUCGCCCAAGCCCGUGAUAUUUCGAACACAAGGGACACGAGGAGGCUGGCGGGUUGAUUUCGAGCCUCCUGGACUGUCUACACGGAGAGAGAGAGUGGACAAAAAGGGCGGACCGGCGGUGGUCCGUUUCAUCAGCCUCAUCAGUGCCAUCAGCUCCGGGGUGAAUAAAAGACGAGAAAAUGAGUGAACAGAGUAUCUGCCAGGCCCGGGCCUCGGUGAUGGUCUACGAUGAUGCCAGUAAGAAGUGGGUGCCCAUCAAGCCUGGGCAGCAGGGCUUCAGUCGCAUCAACAUCUACCACAACACUGCCAACAACACCUUCAGAGUGGUGGGCGUCAAACUGCAGGACCAGCAGGUGGUGAUCAACUACUCCAUAGUGAAGGGCCUGAAAUACAAUCAAGCCACUCCGACCUUCCAUCAGUGGCGUGACGCUCGCCAGGUUUAUGGGCUGAACUUUGCCAGUAAGGAGGAGGCCACCACCUUCUCCAACGCCAUGCUGUUCGCCCUCAAUGUCCUCAGCUCACCUGACAGCGGAGGUCCAGUAGUCCAGCGCCAAAAUGGACCCUCCUCAGAGGAAAGUGAGGCACAAAGGAGGAUGAUGGAGCAACAUCAGAUGCAGGCGCACAAGGAGAGGGAGCGACGAACGUCAGGAUCAGUCGUUUCCACUCUCCAAUAUAAAGUCUCCACCCCUCCAAUCCACCCAGACACUCCUCCCGAGUACAGACAGUACAGAGCUAGCACACUGCCACCCUCCUACGUCCGUGUGGCGUCCUCCUCUCCCCCCUCCUCCACCUCCUCUUCUCCCUCUCAGGAGAAAGAGGCAGGGGCUGCUAGGGACAAGGCCCAGCUCUCCUCUCAGCUCUCCACCUCGCUCGCCUCAGCUUUUUCCCCAGUCCAGGCAGGAGUGACCACCCAGGGCCGACAGGUCCGUCAGAUCCCCCUGUCUCCUCCCACAGCAGCCCGCCACCUACACCUUCAGCAGCAACAGCAGCAACAAGACAUGAUGCUCCCCCCUAAACACGGCACCUGGUCCGCCUCUCAUUUGCAGCAAAUGUACGCCCAGUUGCCCCCCUCCUCCUCCCCUCCAGUCAUGAUGGCCAUGCCCGUGAAGCAGGGUUUGCCCCCGCAGCCCGUCCUCCCGGUGGCUCACCCCCUCCCACCCCUGAGUGCUAGGAUGAAGCCCCCACCUCUUGACCCGAAUGCCAUGAUGGGCCCUCACCAGUACCCCCAGCACCAGCCCCACCCUCACUCCAACGGCCAACCAGACGACUCCUCCUAUUCUCCUCACUCUCAGCACCUGCCACUCACCCCUCAGCUCUGCGAGGCCGUCCCCCUGCCCCCCCUGAUAGGUCACACGGGCCCAGGCCCCGCCCCCGGCCACCAGCCCCAGUACCCAUCCACUUUCCACCCUCAGCAGCAUCAGCAGCAACAACAACAGCCACCACAACAGCAGCAGGUGUACCACCAGCAGGCCCAGCCCCUCACCACCACCUCCUCCUCCUCGCCCCCCUCUUACACUGCAAUGUCUGACGGGGGCUCGCCCAAGAAGACCCCCUCCCCCGUCCCCCAGCAGGCCCCCAUGGUCAGCAGCAGCCCUCCUGUCUCUGCAGGUCACCCAUCUAUGCUUUCUGUGGCACCUCCUCCAGCCGCAGCUCCUGCACCCAUGGCUGGCCCUCCGGCCCCGCCACCGCCGCCGGGUCCACCACCCCCAAUGGCGGUUCCCCCACCCAUGCCUCCUCCACUGCCCACUGGUGGAGGGCCUCCUGGGGGGCCACCUGGGGUCCAGCACCAACCCUCAGGACUGGCUGCAGCAUUGGCUGGAGCCAAACUACGUAAAGUACAUAGGGAUGAGAGCAGUCCGCCCGGGUCUGGUGGCAAAAGUGACUCCAACCGGUCUAGUGGUGGCAGUGGUGGUGGUGGGGAGGGACUGAUGCAGGAGAUGAAUGCCUUACUAGCUCGCAGACGGAAAGCUUCAGAGAAACCUGAUGAAGAUGACUCCAGUGGGCGGGGGCCAGGUCAGAACUCAACAGAUGCUGUGAAGAAGCCAUGGGAGCGAUCCAACUCUGCAGAGAAGUCCUCGCUGGUGUCCAGAGUGAGACCCAUCGGCAGCACUAGUGAAUCAGACACAGAGUUUGACAGGAUGAAACAGGAAAUUUUGGAUGAAGUUGUGCGUGAGUUGCAUAAGGUGAAAGACGAAAUCAUUAAUGCCAUCAGACAAGAAAUCGGCAGAAUCAGUACAUCCUAAUCUCAUCUGAGCAACAGUAGGAGGAGAGCGAGAGGAGGAGCUGGAGGAGGAUGGACACACAGAUGCACAGACACGAGGACCAAGUAAUGUUCUCUCAACGUUUCUGUGACCUCGCCACGCCACGACGCAAGUCGCAGAGAUGUUGUGUCAACAUUUGAGUCUGCUGGACAGCGAAAAUGGAAGGAAGGGAAAAAAAAAUAGAGGAGAGGAGGGAUUUAUGAGAAAGAAGGGCGGAAGUAAUGGAUGGAUGAAGAAGGAUUAAAGGACUGAUGAACUAAACAGAGGACGAGAAAUAAACUAAAAGAUGAAUUGAGCGAACAUUUGUGCUGAGUUUGGUGUUGUUGGUCCUCUCUGUGCACCUAUAGACUCAGUCAGCCCAGUGUUGCAGCUCUUUGUUCUCUGUUCAGUCCAAGUCUUAAGAAGAAAAUAUUUUUGUUUUCUAAGUUUUUACUGUUUUAUUAUUUAAAACUGUGGUGAUAAUGAUGAUGCUGUUGAUGACAAUGAGUAUUUUAUUGAUAUUAUAGAAGGAAAAAGGAAUCUUGCACACCAUUUAUGUCAGCCUUUUCUAUUUUCUAUUCUUUUUUUUUGUUUAGUUCAUCCCUAACUAUUUGAUGAUAACAAGCACAAUAUGGGCAAAAUGGUGCUGCAGACUCACCUGCCCUCAACUGGCUUAUUUAAACAAAACAGGCUUUUUACGACCUUGUUCAUACUGGUGUUGUGUGUCUAACUUAGUCUCCCCAGAGAUGAUGGAAAACACGUUUGAACUACAAUUAACCACUUAAAAUUACCUCUUUCCUCUGCAUUCAGAGCAUAGGGCAUAACAAAUGAGCAAAAGGUUUUUUUGGCGUAUAAUCAAAAUGACACUCUCUUGCUCUACAACUCCAGUGUGGCCGAGGUACACAUUUCUCUCUACCUGUUCAGAUGUGUAAGAUCAGUGAAACUUGGGGAUCAUUCACAAAACAGGCCGAUAACUGUAAAUGUGCCACCUGGUUUUACCUAGAUAUAAAACAAUGUAGUACUAUCUAUUAGCCAUCCUAUGCUUUGUGAACCCUCCCAAGUAUGCAUGAACCCCCCAUCUUUAUGAAUUAGUUUUUCAUUUGGUUUGAAAAAAAUGAAAAUAAAAAAAUACAAAAUGGUGGUACAUUUAUUAUAGUGGUUUGUUUCCAUGAAGAUUCCCCUUUCUAUAUAUGAGAUGUUGAAGUUGAUAAUGGUAGCAAUGUGAAAAAAAAAUAAUAAAGUGGGGAUGUUCUGGCAAUAUGCAAAUCUUACCUAGAAAAGAAUGUGCAGAAAGUGAAUGGUAGGCCUAUGUGAUGGUAGCUAAAUGUGUUUUUGCAGGAAGGACUUGGUUGAAUAUCAGUUGUUGCAUUUUAUCCACUCUGUCCGCUCUCAACUACGUUCUGAUUUAAAAGCUGGAAGUAAAUUUCAUUCAAACAGACAAACAACAACAACAAAAAACAAUACAUGUGUCAACCAUCUACGCAAUA